AUGUUUCGGACCAUCAAAAGCUUCAAGAACAAGAAACAAAGAACAAGACACGACCAGACAAGUCCCUUCUCCUCAACCUCAACGUUCUUGAAGGAGAACUCUUGUUUCUUGUGUUCGGCUUCGAGUAAAGUUAACAAUGGAAUCGAUUGGAAAGAUUUGCGCCGAGGAUUGAAGAUUACAACAACGUUGUUGCUAAGGCUAUUGCUGGAGGAACUGGACAUAUCAUUAGAGGAAUCUUUAGUUGCAGUAAUGCUUACACCAAGUCACCAAUCAGGUUUCAAAUAA